AUGUCGGAAAACAACGCCCCCAAGGAUAUUGCUGAAUUUCUUGAACGAGCUGGGGUGAAAAUGGACGUCUUCAUUAGGAGAGGCGGCUAUGGCUCCGUCUCCAGAGGUGUCAUGAAAGUCGGCGACGAGGGACAAACUAAACCCGUGGCCAUCAAACUUAUCGACUUCCAAGGAGGCCAGGGAGAGCGCCAACUCUUCCGCGAACUUGAGGUCGCCGAAACUGUUUGGCAUAAAAACCUGACAUUUUCACUUUUUUCCGGAUAUUAUGAGCCUAACGACACCAUUUUCAUCGUUACAGAACUUUACGAGGAGGACUUUUCAACCUAUCUCGCAGACCAUGGACGGCUUCGACCAAGUAUGUGCAAAAAAAUGUUCCGACAUAUCACGGAGGGAGUCGUUUAUCUCCAUAAAAAUGGUAUUGCUCACCGAGACAUCAAGCUGGGGUCGGCAACUUGCCACUUGCCAACUUGCCAAUGGCAAGACAUCAAGUUGAGCAACAUUCUUCUGCGACUCAACGAAGAGAAAAAGCCCCUGAAAGCCGUGCUGACCGACUUUGGAUUCGCCAGACGAGCUGACCGUGAUACUCUCUCCGAGAAUUAUUGCGGGACUCGUUCCUACAUGGCUCCAGAACUUAUCAGCGAGACGCCUUACCAGCCCUUUAUCGCAGACUGCUGGAGCUUGGGGCUUGUGCUUUUCAUCAUAGUCACCAUGAGAAGACCUUUUCCCUCAACCCUUUCAAAAGACGUGAUGCUUGCAAGACAGCGAGACAUGAAGAACCUUAUUCCUGACAGAGAGCCUUUUUGUUCUCAUCCCGAUCUCAAGGCCCUAACCCUGGCGUUGAUGGACGCGGAUGUAGAGACACGGAUCACAGCGGAAGAUGCCUUGGCCUACGAUUGGUAUAAAAUUCCAGAACGCCAAUCUCAAGAAUAA